AUGCUAACUUCAGACGAAUUCCACCAGAAGAUUGAAGAGGCAAAGAAAUCUAGUGCAGCCCAGCUUGAUGCUCAUGAAGCUUCCAAAGUGACCCAGUUUCUUGACUGCAUUGGACAAACUGACAAGGGAUUGGUGGCAUGCAACGAAGAGGUUCUCGGAGGUCUCACUGAGGAGGAAAGAGACAACUUCUACGGGAAAUUAUCUGAGAUUGCCCCUGCUGCCGUCGAUGACGAAGACGAGGAAUAG